UGCUUCAAAGGCUGGGAGGAACCCUGGGGCCACAAAACUGUCUCUCUGAGCCCUACCGGAGCCGUACAGGAAAGCGGGAGCAGGGACCAUGAACCGCCUGCUGCUACAGCUACUGUGGAUUUCCACCUGCAUCCCAGCUUCCAGGGCCCUGCGCUGUGUGCGGUGUAACAGCACCGAGCGCUGCCGAGUGGAGGAGUGCGCCCCGGGCCUGGACCUCUGCAGAAUCACCAUCCUGCGAACCUGGGAAGGGGACAUGGAGGAGGUGGAGAGAGGCUGUGCCAAUAGGAACAAGACCAACAGAACCAUGAGCUACCGCGUGGGGGCGCAGAUCUUCAGCCUCUGGGAGAUGGUGUGCGGCUCCAACCUCUGCAAUGCACCCAGGCCUGGUAGACGCGCUCCUUUCCCGUGGGCCGUUUACCUGGAGUGUAUGUCCUGCAGCUCCUCAGACGAGAGUUGCGAGAGGGGCCGGGAGCAAAGCCUGCAGUGCCGCCAUCCCCGAGAGCAGUGCGUGGAUGUAGUGACCUACCACGGUCCCGGAAGGAUCUGGGAGGAUGAGCAGCACAUCAAAGGCUGUGGCCAACUUCCCGGCUGCCCAGGGCCCACCGGUUUCCACAGCAACCACACCUUCCACUUCCUGCAGUGCUGCAACUCCACCAAGUGCAACCAGGGCCCGGCCAUGCAGCUGCAGCAGCUGCCGCCCAAUGCUGUGCAGUGCUACAGCUGUGAGGGGAACAGCACCCAUGGGUGCUCGGAGGAGGAGGCCACCCUCAUCCCCUGCCUAGGCCCCAUGGACCGAUGCCUGGAAGCCACUGGUACUAAAGAGAUGGAGAACACGAACUACACAGUGCGAGGCUGCGCAACGGCCUCAUGGUGCGAAGGCUCCCACAUGGCCGACACCUUCAGCCUGACUGGAGUCAGUGUGUCCUGCUGUACUGGCAGUGGCUGCAACCACCCCGCUGGAGAUGCCCAGUACCGCAGCGGUGGGGUCCCCCAGCCCCGCCCCACCUACCUCAGCCUCACCAUGACCCUUCUCACGACUGCCAGACUAGGAGGGGAUCUUCUCCUCUGGACCUGAACUCUUAAAGCCUUUGCCCUGGCUGGAUCCAGGGACCCCUGUGCCCUUUCCUCAGUUCCAGCUCUGCAGACUUGUAUGCCAGUACAUUGUCCUCUCUGUUUCCUCCACUGUCAGAAAGAAAACUCGUAUCUGAUCAGUUACUGUGGCCCGUGCUGUCAUCUUAGCUAGUCAGGAGGCUGGGAUCUGCGCAUCACAGUUGGAAGCCAGCUCUG